CAGAGAAUAGGGGCCGUUAGUUCGGUUAGGUAUCUCGGUUUGGAGUUGGACAGCAAACGCAAUUUCUGGGCGCACGUUAAGAGCGUGGCCGGAAAGUCCGAUAUCUUGUACAGUAGGCUCAGGGCCGCGACUUCGGCUAACUGGGGCAUCCGGCAAGCGACUUCGGCCGUAAUAUACAAGGCGGUAUUCCUACCUCGUAUCACUUACGCGUCGGAGGUCUGGGCGUCGGGUGUGCUCACGGCCAAGGCGGUAAAACUCCUAGGCAGCAAGCAGAGGAGGGCCCUUUUGUCGCUCACAGGGGCAUACAGAACCACUUCUACGGACGCGUUGCAAGUGGUUGCUGGGCAGCUGCCUCUGGAUUUGGAAAUUCGANGACUUCGGCCAACUGGGGCAUCCGACAAACAAUUUCGGCCGUAA